AGCUCUCCCCACGGCAGCCAAUUCCACCUCCUGACGCGGUAGGUGACUGUCAGUCUGUCUGACCCAUCCUCGCCAUUUCUCCGAAGGCCAAUUCUCCGAAUGAUCAUUCUUCUGCAACUCUGCUCCCUGUAAAACGUGGGGGUGGAAGAUGGAGGCGUGGCCAUGGGGGGAAUCGCUGCAAAGGGCGUGUGGGGUGCGUGGGGGUUGCCUCGGGGCUCAUCAUUUGGAUGGAGUCAACGGCUCGAACUCCGAUCUCCAUUCCAAGGGCCUGUGGUUUCUUAUAUCAUGACCAUGGCGUCCUCAUUGCCUUUCUUCUGUAGUCCCUCUCCCCGCAUCCAUCCCAUCAUCCCCUUCCCCACCAUCUCACUAUACUUCCACCCCGACUAACCACCAAGCCAAUCACCUCCUCCACAAUGUUGGCAAUCGUUCAUCGCCCCCUCAAACCCGGCAUUUACGUCCCUACCGUGGCCUUUUUCGAUGCGCACAGCGAAGAUGUCGACCUCGCCACCACCGCUCUCCACGCCACCUACCUGAUCCAAGCCGGUGUCACCGGCAUUGUCGUCCAAGGCAGCAACGGUGAAGCCGUCCACCUGAGCCGUGAGGAACGCGACCAGAUCACCAGCACCACCCGGCGCGCCCUCGAUGACCGCUCCCCCUCCACCCCGCUCAUCGUCGGCUGCGGCGCCGCCUCCACGCGCGAGACCAUCCAACUCUGCAAAGAUGCCGAAGCCGCCGGAGGCGACUACGCCCUCAUCCUCCCUCCCUCCUACUACAAGUCCUUGCUGUCCACCGAAGACAUUCUCAAUCACUUCUGGCUCGUCGCCUCCGCCUCUCCCAUCCCAGUCCUGGUAUACAAUUUCCCCGGCGCCUCAUCGGGCCUGGACCUCUCCUCAGACGAUAUCCUAGCCUUGGCGAAGCAUCCCAACAUCGUCGGCGUGAAGUUGACGUGCGGGAACACGGGCAAGCUGGCGCGCAUUGCGGCGGAAGCCAAACCGGGGUUCUUGACCUUUGGCGGCUCCGCGGAUUUCACGCUCCAGACCUUGGUGGCGGGUGGUCAUGGAGUGAUUGGCGGCGUGGCGAACCUGAUCCCCAGGUUGAGUGUGAAGGUGAUGAAGUUGUAUCAGGCGGGCCAGGUCGAGGAGGCGCAGCGGUUGCAGGCAGUCGUGGCGAGGGCGGAUUGGCAGGCCAUCAAGGGCGGGUUCGUGGCGGUCAAGAGUGCGUUGCAGACCUACCGCGGCUAUGGUGCGUUGCCGAGGCGGCCGUGUGUCGUGCCGUCAAAUGCCCAGGUGACGGCGCUGAAGGAGGCUUUUGCAGAGGCCAUGGAGGCGGAGAAACAGCUCGAGCAGGCUUAACCACCUCCAUAGUACGAUGGUAUCGGAUGUUAGGAAUAUCAUCAAAUAAGCUUGACACUCGAUGCCAUCCUUUCAACCAUUUAAUAAAGAGCAAAACCACCGAACCAAACCCAAUCCUUAGUACCACUUUACCCCUCCCUCCCUUCUUCCUUCGAUGAAAGAAUCUCUCCCCACACCAAACGAGCACUCAGUAUUGAAAUCUAUCAUCUCACCUUUCUCUCAA